AUGAUAUGUUGUGGAACCAACAGCCCACUGCAGCCCUUCCAGGACCAGAUGACCAACACCGCCCACCUGGAGCUGAACUUGGAGCAAGCUGACCUGGUCUACUAUUCGGGGGAUCGCAUCAGGGGCGCUCUCGUAGUUCAUGUGGCUGCCCCGGUUACAAUCGCAG